AUGAAACGCGUUACUUCGAAAGUUGAAUCACGUAGGGGUAAAUAUUUCAUAGCCUUACAAAUCAACAAUAAGAAGCUCGACAUGGAAUUUGAUACAGGGGCAGCCAUAUCGGUUAUGAAAUAUGAGACUUUUAUUGCAAAUUGGCCAAAUGCUAACAUAACUUCUACAAAAAUAAUGCUAAAAACUUACAACAAUACGACAUUUCCAGCUUAUGGGAAAUCUACAAAGGAAGUUGUUUACAAUGGGCGAAAGGUCAUGUGCGAUCUUUACAUCGUAAAAGAGCCAUUUGAUACACUUUUGGGACGAGAAUGGGUAAAGGCAGUUAAUAUAUUACAGGUUAAUGCAGUUAAUGUUUUUACAGCUGCCGAUAUACAUCAUUUGAAGCACAAAAUCUUUGAGAACCAUAGAGAUAUUUUUCAACCGAAAAUCGGAACGAUUCCCAAUGUAAAAGGGAUUCUCAAACUACGAGAAGGAUUUUCGCCUAUUUUCAUAAAACCAAGACAGGCUUCUUAUGCUAUUCGACCUCUUAUAGAAGAUGAAAUUAUUCGAUUAGAAGCAGAUGGUUUCCUCAAUUCAGAUUGA